AUGAAAUUUAUUUCAGUUGCUACCUUUGCUACUCUUUUGGCUUUCACUACAACUGCAUUUGGAAAUGACGCUGCUGCUCCAACUGCUCCUGUUGUUGUUUCUCCAUCUUCAAUCCAACCAGUCUUUGGGCAAAUUGCCUCCUUAAUCAAUGACGUUAGAGAUCUCGUUCAAAACGCUGAAACGAUUUACCCAUUGAUAGUUGGAGAUAACUCUAUCCCCGCUGAAAUCAAAGAAUUGAUUACUGAUAUUACAAAGACUUCAAAGGAUGUUGGAACCUUGGUCCAUGAUGUUUCAAAAGAGCUUAACAGUACUUUUGGUGUUCCCAAUUGA